CUCCGCCGGCCCCUCGGAGCGCCCACCCCGCCGUCUCCCCGCCCUGGCGGCCCCCGCGGUGCCUGCGCGGCCGCGGAGCGCCGGCGGGGCCGUUGGUCGCCCGCGGGGGGCUGCGGCCGCCCCCCCGCCCGGGGCGGUGCCGCUCCGCGGGGCGGGUCGCGGCGCCGCGGCUGCAGGAGCGCGGCGGGAGGCGCUGAGCGCGCCCCGCGGAAGAUGGCGUACAUCCAGUUGGAACCAAUAAAUGAGGGUCUGCUCGCUAGAAUCUCGGAUCUCUUGCUGUGCCGGUGGACUUGUAGAAAUUGUUGUCAGAAGUGUUUCGACUGUAGCUGUUGUCAAACAAAUGAAGAUGAAGUUGAAAUCCUGGGACCUUUUCCUGCUCAAACUCCAGCCUGGCUGAUAAGCAGCCAAAAUGAGGACAAAGAUGGACACUCUGAUAAUACAAUCAGUGAGCUGCCUCCCACUCUUCAGAACGUUUCCCCUGACAGAAGGCGGUCGUCUUCAGAUGCAUCACGGUCCACUUACAGCCUCACGAGGCGGGUUUCAAGUUUAGAGUCGAGGAGGCCAAGUUCUCCGUUAAUUGACAUUAAACCUAUCGAGUUUGGAAUAAUAGGAGCUAAGAAGGAGAUAGUUCAGCCAACUGUCCUGCGGAAAACCUAUACUCCGGAUGACUAUUUUAGGAAAUUUGAACCGAGACUGUACUCUCUUGACUCAAAUAGCGAUGAUAUGGACUCCUUGACAGAUGAGGAGAUCUUGUCGAAGUAUCAGCUGGGCAUGCUGCAUUUUAGCACGCAGUACGAUCUGUUGCAUAAUUAUCUAAUAGUGCGAGUCAUUGAGGCUAAAGAUUUGCCUCCUCCAAUUUCUUAUGAUGGUUCAAGGCAAGACAUGGCUCACUCCAACCCCUACGUGAAGAUCUGCCUUCUUCCCGAUCAGAAGAACUCCAAGCAAACGGGAGUGAAACGCAAAACACAGAACCCGGUGUUUGAAGAGAGGUACACAUUUGAAAUCCCCUUUUUAGAAGCCCAGAGAAGAACUCUGCUUUUAACCGUAGUGGAUUUUGACAAAUUCUCGCGCCAUUGUGUUAUUGGCAAAGUGUCAAUGCCCUUGAGCGAUGUAGACCUUGUGAAAGGCGGACACUGGUGGAAAGCCCUUGUGCCUAGUUCUCAGAAUGAAGUGGAGCUGGGAGAGCUGCUGUUGUCACUAAACUACCUACCCAGCGCGGGAAGGCUGAACGUGGACAUCAUUAGAGCAAAACAGCUUCUUCAGACAGACAUGAGCCAAGGUUCAGAUCCCUUUGUGAAAAUUCAACUUGUCCAUGGAUUAAAAUUGACAAAAACCAAGAAGACUUCCUGCAUGCGGGGGACGAUAGAUCCCUUCUACAAUGAGUCCUUCAGCUUCAAGGUUCCGCAGGAAGAACUGGAGAACGCCAGCCUGGUGUUCACAGCCAUGCCGGAGCCCAUCCACGCCUACUCCUGCCCGCUCUUCUGGACCGAGUACGAAGGCCAUUGCUACCGGUACUUCCCCAUCAACAAAACGUGGGCUGAAGCUGACCUCUAUUGUGCCGAGUUCUCCAUUGGCAUCAGAUCAGCCAAGCUGGCCUCCAUCCACAGCUGGGAAGAAAACGUCUUUGUGUACGACCUGGUGAACAGCCGUGUGCCGGGCAUCCCCACCGACAUCUGGACAGGGCUCAACGACCUGCGGCAGGAGGGUCACUUCGAGUGGACGGAUGGCUCCUCCUUCGACUACCACUACUGGGACGGCAGCCAGCCCGACGACGGCAUCCACGCCAUCCCCGAGGAGGAGGACUGCGUGCAGAUCUGGUACAGGCACAGCAGCGCGAACAGCAGGCGGAGGCUCCCACGUCUUUCUAGUGCUCGAGUAGCAGCAGCUCCCCGGGGACGUGGGGUCUCGUGUCAAAGGAGCUGGGCUCACCCCAACCCGCUCUGCCCUCGCUGGUGGCCGGUUCCGCGCUGGCACCGCCGAGCUGCUGGUAUCGGCCAGGUAAAUAACUUGUGUGUGCUGCUGCGGCAGCCCCGGCUGCCUUGGGCUGCUCGCUGGGGAAUGGGACCCUCCUCCUCGCAUGGGGGUGAGUUUUUGGGACCUGGGUGCUGAGGGGCUGUGGUGGUGCCAGGGAGCUGUGGUGGUGCCAUCUAGAUUUGUGGUGGUGGGUCUGUGGUGGUGCCAGUGGGGUCUGUGGUGGUGCCGACGGGGUCUGUGGUGGUACCAGAGGGUCUGUGGUGGUGCCAGAGGGGAGCUGUGGUGGUUCCAGGGCACUCUGGGGGUGCUGAUGGGGUCUGCGGUGAUGCCGGCACCCAGGGGAAUGGCAGAGCUGUCAGGCAAGCCCACACUUCUCCUCAGGGGACACAGCUGCACUGCUGGCCCAGUCAAAUGCAGUAAAUCCCUUGGUCAUCACAGGGUGACCCCCACACCCCUCUUGGGAGCCAUGUGUCCCUUUUGUUUGGCAGAGCCCUGUGGUCUCAGGACACUGGAGCAGCCAAGACAACCCUGGGCUGUCCUAUCUCAGCUUCCACCUGCAAAGAUGGGUAAAAGCAUCUUCUUAAAAUCGUGUGGUGUCCCUUGAUGUCACCAUCUUAGAGAUACAAAAUUUCCAACCUGAGACUUUCCAGAGCGAUUGCAUGGGAUACAGUGAGGUCAGUAACUGGGGCUCCGCUGGGAUGUCUCGCUACUUCCUCGGCUGUCAGCACAGCUUUCAGCUGAAAUACAUUUCCACUUGGGGAGAAACUGCAAAACUUGGGCGUAACGGUGAUGUUGCAAGUGGAACAUGUGUGUUGGAGCAGGUUUCUAAAAUGAGGAAAUACUGUCAUUCCUGAUUAUGUAUUUUAAUAGGUAUAAAUGAAUAAUACAUAUAAAUAAAAAUAUUUUAUUUUUAAUUCAUUAUUUUAUAUACAUACACUAUCCAUAUAUUUAGGUGGAAAGUAAGCAAGUUGCAUAAUUUUCAGUCCUGGACAGGAGACAGCGUUGAAUGUGGUUUCUUGAGGCUUUUGCUUCAUCUGAAAACAAUGAAUUAUAUACAGCUAAGAACAGUAUGUAAAGAAACCAGCUGCAAAAAGAUAGAAAUGUUAUUAGAUCCAACAAGCUAAUGCAAGUUGAUGUGUGGGGUCUGAUCUGUGGUAGAAAAGGGGCUUGAGGCACCAUUUUGAUGGCUUUUUCAGAUGUCACCCACGGAUGGGGCCUGUGAGGAGUGCAGGGUCUGGCAGCCGAGCACCAGCUUCUCACAAAGAGCGAUUUAGCCUUGGCAAAUGCUGCUUCUUUCUUAUUGCUGGAGUGGCGUUAUCAUGAUAGUUUGUUUUUCCUCUUGUUCCUCAUAUUGUUUCAUGAGGAAACUGUGAAUCAGGGUGAGUGCAGGAGAAUUUGGGGCACUUUCAGGCAGGACAUCCCUCGCUCAGGGGCUGGCAGCAAAGCUCAGACCAGGUCUCUGGACCACGGUGCCCAUGCAAUUCAGGAGGAGACUGAACGAUGUGAUACAAGUGACAGGAGCAGAGGAAACGGCCUCAAGUUGCACCAGGGGAGGUUGAGGUUGGAUGUGGGGAACAAUUUCUUCCCCAAAGGGCUGUGGGGCAUUGGAACAGGCUGCCCAGGGCAGUGCUGGAGUCACCAUCCCUGGAGGGCUGGACAGACGGACAUGAGGUUCUCAGGACAUGGGGCAGGGACAGGGGUGGGUUGUGGUUGGACUCGAUGAUCUUGAGGUGCUUUUCCAACCAAAACAAUUCUCUGAUCCUAUGAUGUUGGGGGAUGUCGGGGGCCGCCCCGCCGGGCGAUGCUGCCGCACAGUGCCGAGCUCUUUUCCCUCUUGCUCCCGUGUCCCCGUUCCGAGGGGCCGGGAGUUCAUCACAGCUGGGGCUCACCAUGCCUCGAGCCAAAAAACUCUUUUUUCCCUGCAAGUGGCAUGAGAUGUUUCAAAAGAAAGGUUAAAACCUUCCCUUGGGAAAGCGUUUGAAGACUUGGGCCCCACUGUGGCUAAAAAUAUUGCUAAUGGGGAAACCUAUGAAAGCUGUCAGCUCCAAUUAACAUCUUCAUUUCCAGGUAAAAAGAACUGAAAAUGCAUGACCCGAAAGUCAGGAGCAAAGUUAAUAAGGGCGUUGUUUUGCAACCCCCUCCACUUUCUCCAUGGACUCCAAGAUCAUUACUUACAAAGCAACCCUCUCUCCUUGCUGGUGUCUUCUGUUUCAUAGCAAUUAAAUGAAAUUCAGAAAAUAACAGGAGUUUUCACCUCCCUAAUGAACUUCUAGUGGAUCUGGCGAGGUCAGUUCUCAGUGGAAGGCUGGACGUGCCCUUUCCCGUGGCAUGGACAGUCCUGGGUGGCCGAGAAGAGCUGCAGCUCUUCAGGAUGAACUUCUUUUGUUUAUUUUUCUGUUCUCCUUGUCCCACAGCCUCUAUUUCCCCUUGAAUUUCUCUGUCCUGCCUUGCCACACAGGCAGUGGGAAGCCUGGCGGUGGCAGGACUCUCCCACACCUCUCUUGCAUGUCCUUUGCAAGGGACUGAUGCCAGAGGGUCUGUUUAUGUCUCUGAGGUUUUAGAAGCUGAACAUCUUCCUUUGUAACGUGUUAAAGUUGGAGUAAGCAUGAACAGCGUGUGAUGCAGCCUGGGAGUCAACAAAAAUCAUUAUCUCUUGGUGACAAAUAUCUUUACCCUCCUAUACCCCACCUCAUGCUCUGUAGAGACAACAUUGCCCUCAGCCCCCGGUGCGGAGAUGAGCCCGCCUGGACCGUUUGCCUAUUGAUUCUUUUUUUCCUAUUAUUAUUACUCUGUAUUUGCUGAAACACGCUGCUGGUGUUCAGGGCAGGGUGCCGUGGAGACAAGUGCUGUGUGUGUGAGCGUCAGCAGCUCGCGGGGCCGCGCUGGCGCUGCCAGCUGGCAGCAGCCUGGCCGUGGUUUUCCUCCCCGGUUUCUAAUCUGGGUUGCUCAGACGGCUGGCUUGGCUGGGCUGAGCUUUCCUUUCCUCUGUUCAUUCAGUAAGAUUUUUUUUUUCCCCCUGAAAAUUACUGGGAGGAUAAGGCCUGCACAGCUGAAUCGGGAGCUUUUUCUUGUGCAUCUCCUUUCCCCGGUUUCCCUGGGUUUAAUUGCCUGCCCAGCCGAGCAGCUCCUGCCCCGGGGCGAGGAUGCUGCAGUGCGAUUCCUUUUGACAGGGAACAAAAAUAUGUCGGGGACAAAAAAAAAGGCUUCCAGCAGCUCGGCGAGUGAAUUAUAGACAUUUACUGGCUGUAGCAGUGAGGUCCGCACCAAAAAUCCCCCCAGAAAAACUUAUGAUAAAUGCUGUUCCCUUUCCAUGCGAUGGUGCAUCCCGAUGUGCCGCGGGGAGGGCUGGAGCAGGGGGGCGUCAGGAAAGCGAGCAGGAUUUGGCCUCGUUCUGUGCGGGUCGCAGCAGAUAUCAGCUUGACCACCGUGUUCCUCCCGUUCUGCGGGGGGUUCCCGUCCCAGCUCGCACCAGCUGCUCCCAGUGCUGCCGGGGACGAGCGGGGUGGCGGGAGCUGGUGGGGACAAACCCGCUGGGAAAUGCAGCUGCUUCUGGGUGGGCAGGGGCUGGGCUGAGCCGGCCAUAGAGGAAAGAGGCAGAGAUGUGAUUGAAGGCAGAUUGUGUGAUGGCACCUUAAUUAAUUACAAAAGCUGAGUGAAGCUUCAAGCAGGGCCAGCUCCCCCCAGAGAGGAUGGGGCAGGCUCAGCUCAGAGGUGCCUCACGCCGGCACCAGGGCCUGUCUUGCUGUUGGUUGCUCCUUAUUGGUAUUGUCGUGGUUUAACCUGAGCUGGCAAUACAACCACACAGCCACUCACUCACCCCUUCCCAUCCCACCAAUAGGAGAGAGAAUCAAAAGGGAAGGGAGCAACUUGGAUUGAGAUAAACACAGUUUAAUGAAAUAACAAAAUACUAAUACACUACUAGUAAAUAUAUAUAUAAAAUAGAAAGAAAAGCUACUCAAGGCAAUUCCUCAUGAACACGCUGAGCAGCCAGGAAAACAGAACUUGGUCCCACAGCUGAUCCCAGCAAGAGAAAAGAGAGGAAAAGGGCAGAAAGGCUCAGAGGCCUCUGCAAGACGGCAAAAGGCCGAAUGAAAUGUCCUGACAGUGAAGAAAACAAAACAACGUGCACAAGAGAAAGUGCCUGAGAGAGGGAAUAGAGGAGCCGUCCCAACUCCCAGCUCUCCUUAAAUACGAAGCCUGACACCGAUGGGCUGGAACACUCUCAUUGCUCAGUCUGGUGUCCAUCCAGCUCUGUCCGUCCGUCCCCUUCCUCGCUGCCUCACACCUGUGGGCAGAGCUCAGAGUGUCCUUGGUUCUCAGACCAGAGCAAUUACAAACAUUAACUCUGUGCUGGGCUGGUAUCUCUUGUUCUCAAACUAAGUCCCAAUAAUGAGCGUGCUAGCUAUGGAAAAGAAAGGUUUCCAACUGCAUGAAGAAAAUUAACCCAUUUUCAGCCAAACCAGCACAGGUACCCCCAAAGUCUUCCCAUCUUUUGUGGCCAAGGAUUUCCAGGUUUCCUGUGAAAACUGCCUUGAUGGGCAGCGGUAGCCUGUGGGUCAGCAGCCCUGACCUGCUUUUUGCACAGGGCUCUGCGGCACAGCCGCCUAAAAACAAUGGCAAAGAUUUUGUUAUUAACUGCAUUAGUUCUGUAGGGGUUUGGUAACUGGGCCGGAAACUUUCGUUCCUGGGUGUAAAUUGUCAGAGACACUGCUGAUCAGACAUAAAGCACAGAUCUAACAAGAACAACUCCUGCUGUGGUUUCUGCUGGUACGACUGGUCAGCCUUGAAGGGCACGGAGCCAAAGUGCAGGUGAAGGGAGAGAGAAAUUAAUCGCAACCUGCACGUCAGCGUGAAUCAGCUGGAGCCAGUUAGUGAGAGCGGAGGGUUUUUUGGGCAGAUUGCUACAAGAGCUGAUACUUCCCAGCAACACCUGCUUGCUGUCCCGAGCACCGCACUCCUGCUGCAUUGGAAAAUGUAGCUGCAUUUGGUAAUCUGCAAAAAAGUCUGGUCCAGCUCUUGGGGUUACCAUGGCAACUAGGUAUUUGCUCAUUUGUGUUUCUUGAAAAUGAUGCUGGGCUGCUGAUUGCAUCGUUUGUGAAGCUCUUUGUCAGGGGGCCGGUAGAUGGUUGGUUGUCAGGGCUGUACUGAGUGGCUGGUGCUGGUAUUAAGCAGAUUUCUGAAUCGGAACUUUGCUGGAGCACGGUGCGUGUUAUAACUGCCUCCCUCCUGCACAACCCCUGGCCUAGGAAGCGUGUCUUUGCUCUACCCAUUCCUCUGACAUCCAUUUGUACUCGUGCGGUUGCUUGGGACAACACAAAAGCCAAGUGACCCGCUGUGGAGACCUUGUCAAGGCCAGGACAGGAGAAGCUUGCUUUCUGAGCCUCUCUAAUGUGCACAGGACUAGAAUAAAAAAGAGGAGACUCUGAGGUUUGGGAAAACGCCAGCGUAGAUGAAACGCUUACCAGGUUUUGGUAUUGCAAAGGUAUCGCUGAGGAGCACUGGGAAGGGACAGUACUGCAUGGCUGGUUUGGAUUUUUAGAGGUGGCUGUAGAGAAGGAUGGGGAAGGCUUAUUUAUUAUUAUUUUUGUUGUUGUUGUUGUUCUGAAGAUAAAAUUAAUUUGAUUUGGAUGCUGUUUAGACUGAACAACCAUGGGUUCUCGAAAGCCAAUUGUCCCACAGUCCAGCAGCAGUUUAAGACCUUGGUGUUCAUUGUCAAGUAUUUGUUUAACAGUGAAAAUCCAUUUGCCACUAAUUCCUCCCUUGGCUUGUUGAGAUAAUUAAAUUAAGAGCAGGACGUUGUGACAGGUCUGCAGACAGAGGUUGUUUUGUGCAUCCUUUGGACUCCUGCUCUGCUCAUCAGUGCUGGGACCAGUGCCCACGUGGAACACAGGGCCCGUUAGACCUCCUCUCCUCCAUCACGGCCAACCUCUUCCAUCCUCUCACCACCGGCCAUGGGUUGCACCUAGUGGACACCCAACGUGAAGGUCCCAGGCAGCGGGAGGAGAAGGAAACAGCAGAAGUGAGGGUUAAAGCAAUUAAAUGUGGUCUUUCGUCCGUGUGAAGGGCAGGGGCUUGCAGGAAAGGGAUGUAGCUUUUAUUAAUCUCCAAAGCAUCACAUGAAGUCACGGUCCCAAGUAAAAGUUGAAUGUCAGUGACGAAAGUUUUCAUCUAGUAUGGAUAGUUACCCUGGAUUUAGUUGGGUUGUGAAAGCGAUUAUAAUUUGGUAAAAGCAGUAAGAUUAACAGCUCUAAUGAAAUAUUAAAUGUCAGAUUUGUAACCUG